UUUGUGUGUGAGCCACACUUAGCUAUGUUCAGGGUUUCCUUGCGACAGUACUCAGUGGACCAUUGGGGUAUCGGAGAUCAAACUGGGGUCGGCCGCGUGCAAGGUAACCGCCCUACCUGCUAUAUUAUCGCUCCGGACCCCCCAUUAACUUUUUUUCUUUUUCUUUUUUUAGUUUUUGGGCCAUACCCAGCUGUAAUUAGGGCUUACUCCUGGCUCUCUGCGCAGAGAUCACUGCUGGGUUUGGGGACUGUAAGCAGGGCCCGAGAUCGAACCCAAGUCGGCCACAUGCAAUGCAAGUGCCUUACCCACUGUUCUGUUUCUUCAACCUCAACCUCAUUUACUUCUUGUUUUGGGGUCACAUCUGGUGACUCCAAAGGCCCUCGGCCCCAUUAAGUUUUUGAGGUGUAGCAGUGAGGUGUGGCCUCACUGAGGCCUCAUAUAGUAGGCGUGAGUUCUGCGUGGCCCCUUCCAUCCUAUUGGUUCUUAUUUUUCUUUUCCUUUUGGCUUUUGGGCCACACCCAGCAGUGCUCAUGGGUCACUCCUGACUCUGAAAUCAGAAAUCACUCCUGGUGGUGCUUAGGGGACUAUAUGGGAUACUGGGGAUUGAACUUGGGGUGCUAAGUGCAAGCCAAGUGUCACUAUCACCACUUUACUAUCACUCUAGCCUCUUGUUUUAAUUUUUUUUUUUCUUUUUGGGUCACACCUGGCUCUGCACUCAGGAAUUACCCCUGGCAGUGCUCAGGGGACCAUAUGGGAUGCUGAGAAUUGAACCUGGGUUGGCCGCAUGCAAAGCAAACGCCCUACCCGCUGUGCUAACCCUCCAGCCCCGUUGUUUUAAUUUUUAAAAAAAUUAAAAAUAACCUGCCUCCCCACCACACACACCCCUUAAACUCAAAUUCAUCUUCUUACUUUGCCAUAUCCCUUCCAGAGACCUUUGAGUCCAUCAAGUGCAUAUUUUCCGUUUGUUCUUUCGUUCUUUCUCUCUUCAUGACAGGUGUAAAAUAAAUACCUUGGUGACACCACUAGGCGCUUUCUCUGACUCAUUCCAUCUGCCUCUGGCUGGCUGUAGAUCUUUGGACAACUCUUGUUCACGUCAGCACUUUAAUUUCCUGUUGAGUUGUUUGCCCUUUCUGGGUGAGGGUUCUCUGUAUACUUUGAAUGUUGACCUCUUAUUAGGUGUGUGCGAACAGCCUCUUCCUUCUCUGCGGGCACUCUGCUCUCCACGCGUGAUUGGUCCCAGCAGGUCGUGUUGCUUUUGUUUCCUGCGCUUGGGACCAGCCCCCAGGAACACCUCAGAUGAUGAUUAUCAUGCUUUUCUGAGUGCCUUUCAGUGUGCCUUUCAGUGUGCUUAUUAGGCCUCUCCUCCGUAUUUGUUUUGUUUUGGGGGCCACACCCAGCAGUGCUCAGGGUGACUCCUGGCAGGGCUCAGGGGACUAUUUGGGAUGUUGGUGAUUGAACCUGGGUUGCUGCGUGCACUCUCCUCAUGAGGUGAACCUUUCUUUCUUUUGGGGGCCACACCGGGCAUUUUAGGAUGCUCAGGGGUCAGUCCUGACUCUGCUACUGGCGGGGCUCUGGAGACCAUCUGGGACGCCUCCAGGCAUGUAACCUGGGUCGCCAGCGUGCCAGGGCUCCAGCCCCACCACCACGAUUGCUGUGCACUGGCCCAGCUCACACUGUGCCUUACGCAGACCUCUCACAUCUCGCUAGCUUCUUUCCUAGGUCUUAUUGCUGCAGUUGUGAAUGAGUGGCCCUUUUCCAUGGCCGACACAGGUUCUAUCACUGGCAUCCCAUAUGGUCCCCCAAGCACCAACAGGAAUGAUCCCUGAGCACUGCCGGGUGUGGCCCAUAAACCAAAACCAAGAGCAGGCCGGGCUCCGGCUAUGGGGCACUGUCGCCUCUGUCACGGGAGGUUCUCCUCACGGAGUCUCCGCAGCAUCUCCGGCUGUGUCCUGGGGGACAGCGCCGAGAAGCCGGCCCCCCGAGAGCGUGUUUUCAUCAGAGACUUUCAGUGUCUGCUGGGGGUGACCGUGCGCCAGGACGCAGCCCUGUCUCCCUUCAUCUGCAAGAACUGCCUCAGCCAGUUCUACCAAUGCCACGGCCUCCUCACGUCCUUCCUGCAGAGGGUCAACGCCUCCCCGGCCGCCCUCCGCCAGCCCCGUGCCCCGGCCAGUGCCCAGCCCCUAGCAGGGCCAGAGGAGGCAGCGUGUAUGGCCAGCCACAUGAGCCCAAGCACCCAGGGCCUGCGUGGCUUGGUGGGGUGGGUGCACGGACACGCAGCGGGCUGUGGGGCCCUGCCCAGCCUCCAGCAGACGCUUUCCUCCGGAUACCACGGCGCCCUCCAGGCUGUGUGGGGCUGCGCCCAGGGCCACUGCUACACCAUGGACACUGGCACCAGCUGUGGGGCUCUCCUGCUGGACAGCUCGCUGUCCAUCAAGUGGGCAUGGGACAAGGAGCUGGCCCCCCAGCCCACCCAGCAUCGGGGGACCAGCCCUACGGGGGCCGCUCCUCAGCCCUCGCCGGGCCGACCAACCCUGGCUGCCAGGGUUACUGAGACGGAGACCCAGCCCAGGACGGACACGGCCCAGCUGCCUUCUGCUGGCAACCCAGUGGGGCCUGGACCAGGCCCCCCACCUCAGCCGAACCUUCCCUUGAGAGGGAAUUCAGGGCAGUUGGGGGAGACGCAGGCUCCACCUUCAGCCUCGGAUGAUCGGGUAAAAGACGAGUUCAGUGACCUUUCUGAGGGAGGCUUCCCAAGUGAGGAUGAGAAUGACAGGAAGCACGUGCCGUCCUCAGACGAGUCCUUUGAGCCUUACCCAGAAAAGAGGCUCUCCACUAAGAAGAGCGAAAGCAAAGAUGCCAAGAAAGAAGAACCAAAACUCCGGAAGAAGCCUGGCCCCAAGCCAGGCUGGAAGAGCAAGCUGCGCUGUGAGAGGGAGGAGCUGCCCACCAUCUACAAGUGCCCGCACCAGGGCUGCACCGCUGUGUACCGUGGGGCUGAUGGCAUGAAGAAGCACAUCAAGGAGUACCAUGAGGAGGUCCGUGAGCGGCCCUGCCCCUACCCGGGCUGCAACAAGGUCUUCAUGAUCGACCGAUACCUGCAGCGGCACCUGAAACUCAUCCACACAGAGGUGCGCAACUACAUCUGUGACGAGUGCGGGCAGACCUUUAAGCAGCGCAAGCACCUGCUCGUCCACCAGAUGCGCCACUCGGGAGCCAAGCCCCUGCAGUGUGAGGUCUGCGGGUUCCAGUGCCGGCAGCGGGCAUCCCUCAAGUACCACAUGACCAAGCACAAGGCGGAGACAGAGCUGGACUUUGCCUGUGACCAGUGUGGCCGGAGAUUCGAGAAGGCUCACAACCUCAACGUGCAUAUGUCCAUGGUCCACCCGCUGACACAGGCUCAGGACAAGGCCCCGCCUGGGCCCGGGGUGGUGAAGCCUGAGCCGACCUGACCACCGGUGGCUCCUCCUUGUGGGACCAGCAGUGUCUUUUCCUGCAAACCCUGAGUGACCGGCCAGACUUUAAGUACCGAUUCCCCUUCUCACUAGAGCAAUCCAGGACUUUUGUAAUCAUUUUAGUGCAACAAAAGCGCAAUGUUUCACUUGU